AAAUUCGAACCUGAGACCAAGUUCAGAUUUAAUUGUCUUUUAUUUAGCUAUUGGUCAAGUAGGAGAAAUGCUAGCUGUGGCUUGAAUAUUCUGUGUUUGGUUUGGUGUACUGGCUUCCUUGUUUGUUUUUGCAGCUUUUGGUGAUAGUUAAUUAUAAGACUGCUUUGCUUUUGUAGCCAAACUCCAAAAACCAGGGGAUCUAUCUACAAAUGUUGAAAAGACUUUUCCAAUAAUAGAGAGCCAGGAUCUUAUCUUAUGUUUUCUUUUUCCUUUGUUUAAAUAUUUUUUUUUUGUCGGAUUCCUUUAUUUAAAUAUUACAGUCGCUUUGUUUGUAGUCAAAACUCAGAAGUAUUGGGAGGAAUGAUGUAUAAUUAUCAACAAAUGUAUUCUUUUUCUCUUCUUGUUCCUCAGUUUUGCUACUUUAUCCAACCUAAGAGCUGAGAAGGGGGCAGAGUUUGGUUUCCAUGGCAAAUUCUAAGCUGCAAGCAUUUUGGAACCACCCAGCCGGCCCGAAAACUAUCCAUUUUUGGGCCCCAACUUUUAAAUGGGGUUUAACCAUUGCAAAUAUCCUUGACUCUUCAAAACCACCUGAGGAACUAUCCUAUCCUCAGCAAUCAGUCCUUGCAUGCAGUGGACUCAUAUGGGCCAGAUACGGCACAGUAAUUACACCAAAGAACUGGAAUCUUGCCAGUGUCAAUUUUGGGAUGUCUCUAACUGCCCUGUUUCAACUGUCACGAAAAAUUCAGCAUGACUUAUCUGCCAAAACCCAAGAAGCUGAUGCAGAAGAAGAAUGAAGACAAUCUCACUUCAAUUUAUUGUAUAUUAACUUGGCAUGCUGGUUUAUAAAUAUCUCUGUACGGCACCUCUAAACCGUCUGCUUACUAGUCAUUGAAAGAGUCUAAAUUGAUCGUCAAAAUCCUUUUACUUUUUUUUUUUGAUCGAGAUUCUUUUACUGUUUGACGUCUUAAAAAUUGAGCUGAUAUAUAGGACAACGUAAUUCUCAUAA